AUGCUAAUCGUCAGCUUGCUGACUCUUUUGUCCUUUACCGCCGCUCUGAGCAAACCCGCCACUCGUAGCCUCGAAGUACAUGAGACGCGUGCUGCUGUCCCGUCCGGCUUUGUCAAGAGUGCUUCUGCGUCGCCCAACACUCUACUCAAUUUGCGCCUCGGGCUCGCUAACAGCAACACCGACGGUCUGAUCACUACCUUGUACGAUGUGAGUACUCCGUCGAGCGCGAACUAUGGCCAGCACCUUUCCAAAGAAGAGGUAGGGGCAUUCACUGCUCCCACGAAGGAGACUGUCGACGCGGUCAACGCCUGGAUCAUCGAAAAUGGUCUGAGCGCGACAACUAUCUCGCCCGCGGGAGACUGGCUUGCUAUCUCUGUUCCUGUCAGCAAGGCGAACGAGAUGCUUGAUGCCGAUUUCUCCGUCUUCACGCACGAGAGCACUGGAGCCCAGAGCAUCCGCACGCUGUCAUACUCCAUCCCGACAGACCUCAAAGGUCACCUCGACCUCGUACACCCAACCACUACGUUCACUCCACCGAGUGCCAAAUCACCCAUUCACGCGGUGAAGUUCGCCGGGAACGUCACGAAGCGCGACAUUGUGGAUUGCAGUAGAUUUGUUGACCCGCAGUGUCUCGAGCAAUUGUACGGUAUUCCGACGACGGCAGCCACAGAGUCCUCUAACUACCUCGUCGUGACGGGCUACAACAACGAAUACCCUAGCACUACUGAUCUCGUGGACUUUCUGGGCCCGUUCCAAAGCGCGGAAUCGAGUUCCACUUCGUACACUGUCGUUGAGAUUGACGGUGGCUCCUACGACCCCAGUAACCCGGGGGUCGAGGCUGAUAUCGACAUUCAAUACACUGUUGGGCUUGCUAUUGGUGUCCCGGUUACAUUUACGUCUGUGGGUGAGAGCGCGAGCGAUGGCGUCUUCGGUUUCUUGGACACCGCCAACUAUUGGCUCGGCCAGUCGACCACACCAUCUGUGAUUUCCACCAGCUAUGGCUCCAAUGAAGAGUACAUCUCUACCAAUGUAUACAACUCCCUGUGCAAUGCCUAUGCUUCUCUCGGUUUACGCGGGACGUCCGUCUUGUUUUCUUCCGGAGAUGGCGCUGUGACUGGCACGCAGAGCGAGGACUGCACAGACUUUGUCCCCACCUUCCCCUCCGGCUGCCCCUACGUAACAUCUGUUGGCGCCACCCAGGGAAAUAGCCCUGAGACCGCAGCCGAUUUCUCGUCUGGCGGUUUCUCCAACGUCUUCGCAAUCCCUCCAUUCCAGGCCUCAUCCGUGGCUGGGUACCUCGCCUACCUCGGCGAUACCAAUGCGGGCUUAUACAACGCCUCUGGCCGCGGAUACCCAGAUGUCUCCGCUCAGGGCGUCGAUUUCAUCUUCAACUACCAGGGGUCCUGGUACCUGGUCGAAGGCACGAGCUGUUCUAGCCCAACGUUUGCGAGUGUCAUCGCGCUGGUGAACGAUCGCCUCGUCGCCGCUGGGAGGUCGAAGCUCGGCUGGCUCAACCCGUUCCUGUACUCCAUCGGUAAGUUCGCCUUGACUGACAUCACCUCGGGCAGCAACCCGGGAUGCAACACAAACGGCUUCUCGGCGACGACCGGGUGGGAUCCUGUAACUGGCCUUGGGACUCCAGUGUUCGAUGAGCUGGUGACCGCGGCCGGCCUCUGAAUUGCAGAAACGAAGCAAGUUUGAAUAAUUACAUAGUUUGUUAGUGCUAUAUAAGGUUUUGUUGCCUU